AUGGAUGUUUUUCCAAUCCCUUUCUCAAAGGACUUUGCAUUAUUAACUAAUGGUAAUGGUGACAUCGACCCUAUUGUUGUAAUUUUUCUGCCAGUUGGAGAGCAUUUUAUAUCAGACUGGGUCAAACUAUUAAUACCUGUCUUCAUAAUUGCUACUGAUGAGAAAGACAACAACAGCAACAACAUCAGUAAUAAUGAUGAUGUAAUAAUAGUUUGUGACAAUACUGCUGAUAAUAAUAGUACUGGUGGUAAUACAAUUCCCUGUGGUAACAACAAUGAUAAUGAUAAUGAUCAAAUUCAUGAAGAGGAAAUGGAAUUUUUUGGCCAUAUAUUGUUAUUCAAUUUAUAUUAUAUUUCCAAUAAUGAUUUACAUCAUUUAGACAAUAAUGAUGAUGUAAUAAAUGCUGCUGCUGAUAAUAAUAAUACUGAUGAAAAUAGUGAUGCAAAACAACAAGCAAGAACUAAAUAUUUUGAGCUUCAAAAUGAUAAAAUAUACGUAAUAGAUGGAAAGAGAUUAGCAGUCCCAGAUGACAAAGCCUUACGAACAAAAAUUCUAAAGGAACAUCAUGAUGUUGAGAUCGCUGGUCACCUUGGAAUUGAUAAAACAUGUGAAUCACUUAUGAGAAAUUUUUAUUGGCCAAGAAUGAGUAAAGAUAGUAGUAAUCAAAUGCCUGCAGGACUGUUACAACCUUUAUCUAUACCAAAUCUGAGAUGGGAACAAGUCACUAUGGAUUUUAUUGUUCAACUCCCAUUAACACACCAAGGAAAAGAUGCAAUUGUAGUAUUUGUUGAUAAAUUAACCAAGCAAGCACAUUUCUGUGCAACUAACACAACUAUUACUGCUCCAGAGGUUGCAAAAAUUUUCUUUUCAGUUAUUUUUAAAAAUCAUGGAUUACCCAAAGUAAUCAUUUCAGACCGAGAUUCAAAAUUUACCAGCAAUUUCUGGAAAAUGCUUUUUCAACAAUUAGACCAAUGGGAUGAAUAUUUACCUGCAGCAGAAUUUGCAUACAAUAAUUCAAAGAAUGUCUCCACAGGUUUCACACCUUUUGAACUUGAUUAUAAAGAAAUACCUACAAGAAAACUUAGUCCUAAAUAUAUUGGUCCAUAUAAGAUAAUAGCAGAAAUAUCAAAAACAGCAUUUACCAACAAAUUUAAAAAUUCAUCCAAUAAUGAUCAAGAAUAUGAAGUUGAAAUGAUCUUGGACAAAAGAAUUAUUCGUAAAAAGCCACAGUACCUUGUGAAAUGGUUAGGUUACCCACUAUAUGAUGCUACAUGGGAACCUAUGGAAAACCUAAAGAAUUGUCAAGAAUAUGAGGCAACGAGAAC